UGUUAUAUAUAAUGAAGUGAAAUGAAGAAAAUGUUAUUCCUGUUUUGUUUGGACGUUCAUAAACAACAUUGUUUCGUGGCUUGUUUUUCCUGUUAUGCGAAGGGAUUAAUAGCUUAAAUACAGUUACUUCAUUAACAUAAUUCUGAAGGAGUUGCUAAGUUUAGACGGGAAUGCAUCGAACCAAACAAACCUUCGUAGAAUUCGUGAAAGGCUAUAUUCGUUUGAAAGUGUUGGUCACCAGUUUAGUGACAUAAAACGUUUUGGUGCAUGUGAGUAUUGCCACCAAUUGGAUAAAACUUAGAAUUAUUUUACCAACAUAUUUCAACGCUUUGUGUGCUUCUGUGUAUGUGAGCCUUUUCUGAAUGUGGGGAACUGUAACCUGUGGGAUUGACGACUGUCAGGCUGGGUGAUCGGCGGUGUGAAAUCAAAUAGAAUUAUCGAAGGCUUGGCAAGUUGAAGGGGAAAGGCUACGGGACCCCGUGCCACUGUAUCGCCUGGUGGCCGGAAAGCAGUUACGGAGCUCAAACUGAGGACUCAGUGCACCACGUAUCCAGUUCUCUGUGUUUACGUCCUAAAGACAAUGGUUGCACCUCACGAUACCGGAGAUUUGGUCAGGUCACUUGUCCGUGUGCCAGGAAGUGGAUCCAACAGGGCAGCUGGAUCAGAAUGCCUCGACUUGGGACGGGCUUCAUCCCUUGCGGCUUCAGUUCCAGUUCCAACAACGCUGCCUGCUGCACUGACAACUCUGAAAGUUAUCAGGCAGCCCCCUGCAUCUGUGAGCAAGAAGCUUGGUGGCCAGGUUGGUGCUAAAGCUGGUAUUCUACCUACCAAACCAGAGGAUCGCAAACGCCAGCUCUCUGAAGUGUCGCCUGGAAGUGAGGCAGCUGCACCUAAGAGGCCGAGAUUGCUCACUGUAAGCCAGGCAAGUCCGCUGGUGGUGCCUGGACAACCAGUCAUUGGACCUGUUAUGGUUGUCUCUCUGCAACCACAGACACCAUCAAGCACACCCACAAUCAACUUCAGUGGAUCAACAUCUCUGUCCCAGCUCAUACAGGAGCGUGACAUCUUGAGGAAAGAGAAUCAAGAACUCCAGAAGAGACUCUCUCUCUUCCAUCAACUUUUCAAGGACAAGAAGAGGCUGACUUCUGUUGUCAAACAACUUAGUGUUAAUGUACCUUAAAUUUGAAUAAGUCGUUGUCACGUUAAUGUACCAUAAUUCUGAAAAAGUCGUAUGAUUACGUUAAUUAUUUUUUACAUGUUAUAUUCUCAUGUUAGAUCAUGUUUUAGUUUCUAUUGGCGCCCUUUGGUGUAGUAGUAGAGACUUUGUGUACGGUAAUUAAAAAGAGUCUCGGCAAGUUGAGUUAGACUACUGUAGCGGACUUUCAAAUUAUUGUAUUCAUGUGCUUUACUAAUGCCUUUGUAAUACUUACUGCAGUAUUAAAUAUACCUUAAUUAAAAUGGGAUUUCUUAUCUUUUUUCAUUGCUCGGUCAGCUACAGACCAAACACUGAACAUUAAAGCUUACUUUAUAUAUGAUUUGUAGGAGUGUGAUACAUAAGAUAUAUAGAAAUACUCAUAAGUAAAUGAGUAAGGCAUGGAAAAUACAGAUCCAUGUUAUACAUAAUGGUAUUAAUAUAUUGUUAAUCAUAAGGAUACAUACACAACAGAAAGUACUGCCGUUCUGCUGAUAAUUGCAUGACAUAAGACCGAAAUGGUCGAAUAAUGCCAUUGUAAGCUAAAAAUCUUACAUUUCCGUAAUAUUCAGUCCUUUAUCUUCAUUUUGCAACCAAUUGGAAGCUUCUAGCACAAUAAUUCGAUUUACGACAAAUUUUUAAAUAAAUCUUUUUAACUUCCCUUCGCGACCACCAACUAGUCCUGGAAAUCAGAAUUUCUAUAGUUACCUUGUCGUAAUUUUUGCAUCUAUUUGUCUUGGGUCUACAUACAGGUUUAUAUAUGGAAAUAUGUGCAAUUUCAUGUACAAUACAACAAAAAAUAACUCACGUGUGUAGCCUUUGUUAAUUUUAAAAUAUUUACUUACAAAUCACGAUAAUUGCUAGAAUAUUUACCUUUGGUCAACUUUAACUCAACCGAAAUGGUCGAAUGAUGCCAUUGUAAAGCUAAAAAUCUUACAUUUUCGUAAUAUUCAGUCCUUUAUCUUCAUUUUGCAACCAAUUGGAAGCUUUUAGCACAAUAAUUCGAUUUACGGCGAAUUUUUAAAUAAAUCAUUUGAUCUUCCCUUCGCCAACUAGUCCUGAAGAUCAGAAAUUCUUUAGUUACCUUGCCGUACUAUUAGGGCUUAAAAAGUGUUCCAUACGAAAAUGUGUGCAAAUUCAUUCAGCUUCUGUCUUGAAGUUGGGGUUUCCGAUGAAAAAUAGAAGUGGUUGGUUAGUUCUUAAUCUUCCUUUCUCAAUAAAAGAUGAAAGGUUAGUUAAAAAUAAAUAUUUUAAACUUUUCUUAUCUUCACAAAACCCCUUCCUCCCUCAUCAUUUGAAGUUUUAUU